UGUGGACGAGAAGCCGGUAACAGGCGGCCAGCAGACGGGGGGAAGCAGCAUCCUGGACCACCUCAGCGGAUGUUACAGCUCAUCUGCCGGCCUGCAUCCUCUGGGAUCCUCUGCAGACCCCGAUCUGAAGGCCUGCUUCUCAUCAGUGGAGAUAGACAGUUAGAGAGCGGAAGUGAGGAGGAAGGAUGGUGGCCAUGGCAACCUUAGAAGCCCCCGUGCCGCUGACCGCGCUGUCACGCUGGUACUUGUACGCCAUCCACGGCUACUUCUGCGAGGUCAUGUUCACUGCCGCCUGGGAGUUCGUGGUCAACUGCAACUGGAAGUUCCCCGGAGUGACCAGCGUGUGGGCGCUCUUCAUCUACGGCACCUGCAUCCUCAUCGUGGAGCGGAUGUACCUGAAGCUGCGCCGCCGCUGUCCGGUGCUGCUGCGCUGCAUCAUCUACACGCUAUGGACCUACCUGUGGGAGUUUGGCACGGGACUGCUGCUGCGCCAGUUCAACGCCUGUCCCUGGGACUACUCCGAGUUCCGCUACAACUUCAUGGGCCUGAUCACGGCCGAGUACGCCGUGCCCUGGUUCUGCGCCUCCUUCAUCGUGGAGCGCCUGGUCAUACGCAAGACGCUGCGGCUGCGCUUCCACGAGGGGCCGGAGGACGGCUGGGCAGACUGCCGGUCAGAUGCUGGGGGCGGAGGAGGUGGAGGAGGGGCAUCAGGGGGAGGCAGGAGGAGAGAAAGGGGCAGAGGGAUGGGCAAUAAUGCCAACGGCUACUUGAAGGGGGAGUGAAUGAAUGCAUGCAAAAAAUGAGUGAAUGAAUGAAGGAAGAUAGGACAUGCAAUCUGAAACCGACCUGACUCCCCCCACUACACCUCCUCUGCCCUACUCAGCCUCUCUUCACAUGCAGUCCUCUUCCAUUAACUCCACAGGGAGGGACAGACGGACAACUACUCAGUCUGGGCCGCUGUGCAAAAGAGGAUGGAGCACUCAGAACAGCCUGAAAACAAAUACCUAACUGGGGCUACCAAGGGCCCAAACACACUCUGUGUCCUCUACUGUCAUCGCGGGGGCACAUUAGCUCCAUGCUGCUGUGUUUGCUACAUCGCAUAGUGUACCCACCCAUUCAAUGUGGGGCUGACCUUAAGGAGACCAGGGUCUAGUGCUAACAGGAGACCCUUAACCUCCCCGUAUUACUGUACCAAACCUCCUCUUCCAAUCAAAUGCAAGGAAUUUGGAAUAAAAACAAACAAAUUACUGCUGCAAUGAUUUCUCUUAUUAUAAUGUCUUAAUGAUUAUACAGCAAAGCAAAAGAUUCAAGAACUAGUUUGACACUGUCAAAUCAGUCCGGUUGAAAACAGAAUGCUAGCUACUAACAGAGAAAAAUAAUUUAAAAAAAAAAGUAGCUGCAGGUGAAAUGUGUCGUCUUUAAAAUGUACAUAUUAUUAUUUAGCAUUAUUCGAAGUACUGUAGUUAUGUAGCUUCAAAAGGCUCUUUAGGUGCAUACUGUCCACCCUGAAGCAAUGCGCCAUGUGUCAGUUUAACGUCAUGGAGAAUGUUUUUCUACUGUUAGUGAAUACCCCAAUGCCUGAAAAAAAAAAAAAAUGCAUGACAAACCUUGUCUUCCAAAAUAAU